AUGGGCACAAUAUCUGUUCUGACAGUAUGUGGAAACCUUCUUGUAAUCAUCUCCAUCAUUUACUUCAAACAGCUUCACACUCCAACUAACUACCUGAUUCUCUCUCUGGCUAUGUCUGACCUCCUGGUAGGGGCUUUAGUUUUGCCAUCCUUCAUAGCACUGUCUGUAGACUCCUGUUGGUAUCUUAGAGAUUUACUUCACAGAUAUUUUGCAGUGUGUCAUCCUCUGAGGUACAGAACAAAAAUAAAUGUCCAUGCUUCUGUGAUGAUGAUCCUGGUCACCUGGGGAGUUUCUGCCCUGGUUGGAGUUGGCACAGUAAUUAUGGGACUUAAUGAGGGGAAAUGUGAAGGACAGUGUCUCACAUUUGAUAUUCCAAUUUCAAGCAUUACUGGAUGUGUUCUCUCAUUUUACCUCCCAGCAGGUAUAAUGCUCAGUAUCUACCUAAAGAUUUUCCUGGUGGCACAGAAACAGGCACGCAGUAUCCAGAACUCAAACUGUCAGAGCAUAAAGUCUGGAGCAUCUGUCAGUAAGAUGGAGAGAAAGGCCACCAAAACUCUGGCUAUUGUUAUGGGAGUUUUUCUGAUCUGUUGGGCUCCUUUCUUUACUGGUGUGACCAUAAACCCAUUUAUUAAUUAUUCAGUUCCAAAAGCUGUGGUUGAAAUUUUUACUUUGCUUGCAUGGUCAAAUUCAGUGCUCAAUCCAUUCAUUUAUGCCUUCUUUUACAGCUGGUUCCGUGUGGCUUUCAGAAUAAUCAUUUCUGGCAAAAUAUUUUUGUGUAUAGACAUUGAGGGUAAAGAUGAUUUCCCCCCUGGUGCCCAAAGGCACAGGGAGGCGACCCUCUCCUCCACCGGGACAAACUCCAACACAGUGGCACUCAAUCGGGGGCUAACAAGUAACCCCACACCUGCCCACCGGCUCUCACCCCAGGCAAUUUUGGAGAAAGAAAAAGUCCAGCCCCCAUCCAAGAAUUUAGUUCCAGAGCCCAGGAUGUCUAUAGAAAUGAGCCUGACUAUAGCUAGCUGGUAG